AUGUCUGGCGGUCUUGAUCCCAAGAUUAUCGAAGUCUAUACCAAAGUAGGACAAUUAUUAUCCCGAUACAAAUCAGGCCCACUGCCAAAAGCCUUCAAGAUUAUCCCAUCAUUGAGAAAUUGGUUCCAAAUCCUCGAAAUCACUCAACCUGAAAGUUGGACACCUCAUGCGACCCUUUCUGCUACUCGAAUCUUUGCAAGUAACUUGGACCCCAAGCAUUGUCAAAAGUUCUAUCGCACAAUCCUCUAUGAACGAGUUAGAGAAGAGAUAGGCGAAACGGGUAAACUAACGGUGCAGUUGUACAUGGCUCUGAAAAAAGCUAUCUAUAAACCCGCUGCUUUCUUCAAAGGACUCCUUUUUCCUUUGUGCGAGAGCGGGACGUGUACAUUAAAGGAAGCUGUGAUCAUCGGUUCCGUCUUGACCAAAGUAUCCAUCCCUGUACUUCAUUCGGCGGCGGCGCUCAUGAAAUUGGCCGACAUGGAAUAUACCGGCCCGACCUCGGUAUUCAUCCGGGUGCUACUCGACAAAAAGUAUGCUCUACCAUACAAGGUUGUGGAUGCGCUUGUCUUCCAUUUCAUCCGGUUCAAACGGGAACAGAGGGAACUUCCCGUUCUGUGGCAUCAAUCUUUCCUCGUGUUUGUCCAGCGAUACAAGGCUGAUUUGACAGCUGAGCAGAAAGAAGCCCUACUUGACGUGCUUCGGGUCAAGGUACAUGCUCAAAUUACUCCCGAGAUCAGACGUGAAAUCGUCCAUAGUGUUGCGAGGGGCGAGGAAGUUGAAAUGGAGGAUGUAGAGAUGCUAUGA